CUAACGAGGACGAUGAGAACAGGAGGGAGCGACGAGAACGAAGGGAACAUCGUGGCCAUCAAAUACAUCAACAAGAAACGCAUCGAGCUCAACAGGAAGGUGCUGUUUGAGCUCAAACACAUGAGAGACGUCCAGAACGAACACCUGACCAGGUUCAUUGGAGCGUGCAUCGACCCCCCCAACUGCUGCAUCAUCACAGAGUACUGCUCCAGAGGCAGUCUGCAGGACAUCUUGGAGAACGACAGCAUCACUCUGGACUGGAUGUUUAAAUAUUCCCUCAUUAACGACAUCGUAAAGGGCAUGCUUUUCCUCCACAACAGUGUCAUCUUCUCCCACGGUAAACUCAAGUCCUCCAACUGCGUCGUGGAUAACCGCUUCGUCCUGAAGAUCACCGACUACGGUUUGUCCAGCUUUCGGUCUGAGAGCGACGCAGCUAGCGACGCUCACGCCUACUAC